AUGCUUUUUCCAACUAUUUUCUCAGCGCUUCUCCAGUCAACCGUGCUGGUUGCUGCAUCGGCAAUACCCCCUGUACCUAAUGCAGGGGGCAAUGGCGGUGAUACUACCAGUCAACAGACCCGUGGGAUUACGAUUGCUAGUGAAAGCCAGUAUUGCAAUGACAAGGCAACUGAGCUAUUCAGGGAGAAUCCAGAAGCUACCGCAGCUGAUGCGCUCAUAAAUACGGUUCUUUGCAUUGGACCUGGAAUUGGAGGAGGAGGCUUCGCGCUUGUGAAAAGCGGAGAUAAAUUCGAAGCUAUUGAUUUCCGCCCAACUGCUCCAAGCAGCGCGACUGAUGAGUACUACGAUACCCAUGGUGUUCACACUGGAGGUGCAUCAAGUGGAGUGCCUGCUGAGCUCAAAGGGCUUCGGGAAAUCUACAAAUACGGAAAACUUCCCUGGAAGUCUCUUUUCCAGCCUGCGAUCAAAGCAGCCAAAGGCGAUUUCAAAGCGAACGACGAUAUGAUCUACUUUAUUCAACACGUCCUGGAUGACUCGCCACUUGACUUCACGGCGCUUGCAAAUCCUCACUGUGGCUGGCUAGGGCAAUACCCUUGGAAUGAAACCUUUUGCCCUCAUGGUGAACUUAUGCGGAAAGGCACCCCAUUAAAUCGAGCCAAGUAUGCUACAACGCUAGAUGCCAUUGCAAACAGUGGAAGCGAGGAUAUCUUUUACAAUGGUUAUAUUGCGGAUCAUACCUAUAAUACUCUACACGUUGUUCUUAGCAUACUGAAAGUUUUGGAAAAGUUUAUGGGCAUGUUCAACCCCGGGGCCGAUAAGCUAAGUACCCAUUGGCUUAUUGAAGCAUUGCGAUUUGGAUACGCACAGAGGUCUAGAUUGGGCGACCCUGACCCUAAGUUUGACCCAAAUAUCAAUAUAGAUGCAUACCAAAAGUGGUUGAUAGAUGAGAAAAAUGGGUUCCCGCACAAUGUCAAAAUCCAGGAUAAAGCUCAAUCAAAUCCUCAAAGCUAUAUUCUACCAUACCCUGGAAGUUCUCAAGAGCCUUCAUCCAGCCCGUCAGAUGAUGCUGUCAAAUAUACUGGAGGAACUUCACAUGUCGUGGCUUUGGAUAACAAUGGAUUAGCUAUAGCCCUUACCACCAGUGUUGGCGAAUUUUUCGGCAGCAGAAUCAUGGAUCCCACCACCGGAGUCAUCUUUGAUGAUGUAAUGGCUGAUUUUCAGCGUAUAAACCACACUGACCCCCUGGAGUUUGCUAAUAACCACAUCGCAAAAGGGGGUAAAAGGCCCCUUUCCGGAAUGUCACCUACCAUCAUUACAGACAAGGCAGGGCAUGUGUAUUUCAUCACAGGAUCAGCUGGUGGGAUGCGAAUCCCUUCCGCCACCCUCCAAACCAUUGUCAAUGCGCUCGAUAGAGGCAUGUCUGUGGGGGAUGCUCUUAGCGCACCGCGUUUGCACGAUCAGCUUUCCCCUAAUAUCACGGAGUUUGACCUAUCGCUGACAAGUGACACGAGAAUGUACAACAAACAUAUUGUAAAAGAUAUGCGGGACAGGAACCAUCGUUUUACGUGGGUUGAACCCGGCUUCUCUUCGGCACAGGCAAUCAAGUGGGUACCAGGUCAUGCGCCAGAGGCCUCCGGAGAAGAAUGGCAGAGUGACUCGGGAGGAUGUGUAUGGUGGGAUGGAAUAAAGAACUGCCCCUUCAAACGGAACACUGAUUAG